UCCAUAUAUUCUACUCUUCUUCACUCAUCAAAGGGUCUUUCUAAGAGUCAGCCAUAGUCAUUUUGCAAAAGCCCUUAAUUUUUCUUUCAGACUUCCUGCAACACCUCCCAACCAGAUCCCUAGGGAUGAUCUUCGAAAAAGAAGACCAAAUUUUGACCAUCGACGAAAGGCAAGAUGGGUUGAAUCCCAGUGACAAUUACCAGGAGCAAAAUGAAGAAGAUAAUCAAGAAGAGUGGCUGAAUUUGAGCUUGGGAACAAAUUCAGCCUCAACAGCUGGAGACUCUGAAUCGCAAUCGAGGCCAGCUUCAACCAAAGUUUUUUCAUGUAACUUCUGUAUGAGGAAAUUCUACAGCUCACAAGCUUUAGGAGGUCACCAGAAUGCCCAUAAGAGAGAGAGGGGGGCAGCAAGAAGAUACCAAUCCCAGAGAAUGAUCACGAUGUUGGGUUCACAUACAAAUGCUCCUAUCAUCCGAUCACUUGGUGUUAGGCCCCAUUCUCUAGUGCACAAACAGAGUAGAGAUGGGACAGCAAUGGUAGCAAGAUUCAGUGACCAUAAUAUAGGAUAUGCACCAGGAUGGCCACCCUUCAUGUUUGAGGAUGCAUUAGACUUGAUGUGGCCAGGCAGCUUCCGCUUGGAUGCGCAACAAUCAAAUCCUCCAUCAGAGCCAGUUAAGCUUGACUUAAACCUCCGGCUCUGAUCAAGUUGUUCAUCCUUGAGCUGCAUCUGAAUUCUCGUGUCCAAACAGAUUCCCAGUUUUUUUCUUUUCUGUCAUGUAAGACUGCAGAUGCAGGCCAACAACAUCACGGUUGAGUCGGUGCUUCUGCCCAAUAAAAUCCAAAGAUCGUGAAUAUCUUGUACGCUUCUCAUGGAUUUAGUGCAAACCAGAAUCUACACAACACUCUCAUGUUACUACUCAUUCCAUUUCAAAUCUCCCAAAA